AAGUAUCCGAAUGAAGUUCUGUAACAUUGAAAGUGCAUUAAAGUGGUAAAAAGGUGUUAAAUAAAUUGUUAUAAGACUAUCCGUGUUACGAGACCGUAAGGACACACCGGCAAGGACUGUACUAAAUAUUAGGUUCUAGCUGCAAACAGGCUAAUAUAAAUCAAGUACUACAAUGCUUCCUGUACUAACGGAUGUUAGCAAAUUUUAUAACCGGCUCAGCAUCCUGAUAACAGUGUUUAUUACUGUGAAUGUGUACCGAGUACGAGCCGACAACUGCGGUCAAGAGGAGCUAGCCAAGUGCGCCCGCCCGUUCCAGGUGAUACAAUCGUCGACGGAUCUGUCCAUAGCAACGAAAAAGGAGGACCUGGAUAAAAUAUGCCCUGAUCUAAGCAAUGGUUUGCAUUGCAUAAGAAGCUACACACGGCGCUGUAUGACCCUCGAUCAACGCAAUCGCUUUAACGAGCUGUACAACGGCACGCAUCAAUUCGUGCGCGACCUCUGCCGGGAGGGCGAGUACCAAAGCGAGUACCUUUCGCACGCACCCUGUCUGCAGUUGGUCCGCCCGGAUUAUGAAGUUUGUGGCCGGAAGUAUCACCAAACUGUGACGGCGAUCUCACAACAGUCUACUCAAGCACCGCAUCACCAUCAGCAACACCACGAGCAUCAACAUUCAGCAGGACACGAAGACGGAUCGGCGAGUGGACAGCAUCACGAAAGACGACACAGGAACCACCGAACGGCUAGUCGUACGGACGAGGACGACGUGCGGACAGUGUGCUGUUCCUUCAUGGAGUAUCUCGAUUGUUCGGAAGCGGCCGCCAGAAACACGUGUGGACGCGAGACGGCUAAGUUUACGCGCGGUUUUCUCGACAAAAUGUCGUCCACGCUGAUCAGGAUGUACUGCGAGAACUACUACAAGUCGAACAAGUGUCCCUCGAUGUACACGUCCGCUUCCAGCAGUCAGUGGAGUCAGCUCCACAGCACGGUGUUGCUGGUGAUUCCCACGAUCGUCAGCACGAUCGGCAGCUGGUCAUCGGUGUGGUGGACGCUUCGACCCGCCAGCUUGCUACGGUUACGAUAAUUGAAGGCGCAAGGAUGAAAAUCAAUAAAUUUCCACACUAGCAAAGGUCUGCUUCCACGCAACGCUAGGUCGCUGAGAUAAUGCCUAAUCGUAGCUAAAUUUUGCGCACUGGUUUGCGAUUUAAAUUUUUUCCGCGAUUUAGCGAUGGUACAAAUCGCUGCGGUCUAGUAAAAAGGGAAAACUGACGGGAAAGGCGUACAGUCACGCCACGGUACACCCCGUUACAGCGCAAUUGGCAAAUUGAAUCCAAACCCCCCUCAAACCGGCACAUGCCAAUCGCGUUGAAUUGAGCGCCAUCAUGCUCAUCAGGCGCGAUCGCCGGCAGCUAGCCGUCGGUUGUCUAAGUCUCGUCACCACACCAAGUAGUGCAAUUAAGGUUAAUUUAUUUAUUAGGCACACUCGGGGUGUUUUGCGACCGUGACGACGUACUGUAGACUACGUACGGCCCUGCCGUUCGAUCUAGUGACCCGGGGAUGGAAGCGCAUGCUCUCGAUAUUUGAGAUGUUGUGAUUUUGGGUUUCGCGUGCGAUUGCCAGAGAUGUAGAUAUUGUUCUUACAGAUUAGCACGUAGAGAUCUAGAGCGAGAUCGGAGAGCUUGCUGACACAAUUGCGCCACCCAUCCCCACAAAAAUGCCAGUCAUAGUUUGUAGGUCAGUAAAUGAUUCUAUCACUGCUACUGCCGGCACUAGCAGGCGUUCGGCGAGAGGCAGGAAUUCAUAUCCAAAGCAAGCAAACGUGUAAAGUAACUAAUUCGUAGAGCUUAGAGCGUAUUCUAUUAGGUUAGGCCGUUGAUACAACGGGACAAACCCGGGAUUUGAUGAAUAAGACGUUAAUAUACUAUGUAAUACUGAUCUACUCAUAGGCUCUCAAAUAUAAAUCACUCAUCAAGCGUACUGUGGCGAGUUGUUGCUCAUUAUUAUAUUUUCCACAU